UCCCGCCUGGAGAACCUCAAGACUCACCUGCGCUCGCACACGGGGGAGAAGCCCUACGUGUGUGAGCACGAGGGCUGCAACAAGGCCUUCUCCAACGCCUCCGACCGCGCCAAGCACCAGAACCGCACCCACUCCAACGAGAAGCCGUACGUGUGCAAGAUCCCCGGCUGCACCAAGCGCUACACGGACCCCAGCUCCCUGAGGAAACACGUGAAGACCGUGCACGGCCCCGACGCCCACGUCACCAAGAAGCACCGGGGGGACGUGGGGCCGGGCCGGGCGCUGCCCACCCCCAGCGCCCCCCCGGACAUGAAGCAGGAGAAGGACACGAACGGCCCCGGCGAGGCCCGGAAGGACGACGGGAAACUCCUGGUGCCCGACCUGGCCUUGAAGCCGCAGCCCAGCCCGGGCGGGCAGUCGUCCUGCAGCAGUGACCACUCGCCCCUGGGCAGCACCACCAACAACGACAGCGGCGUGGAGAUGGCAGGGAACGCCGGUGGCAGCUACGAGGACCUGUCCACGCUGGAGGACGUGGUGCCCGGGGAGCCCAUGGGCACCUCGGGGCUCAUGGCCCUGCACAAGCUGGAGAACCUUCGCAUCGACAAACUGAAGCAGCUGAGGAAACCCGUGGCUUCCAAGGGCCUGAACCUGCCACCCAUCCCUGGAGCCGGUGAGCCCGGGCCAGAGGGUUCCAAACGUUCCUGUUAUUAG